ACAUGCUCUGAUAACAGCAACAGCAUCCCAAUGUGUCGAGAGCACCGCGUAGGAUGUGUCCGAUACGGCAGGAUGCUGUCUUAUCAGAUUGCUCGGAAAGCUCGUUGUGUACGCACACAUUCGACGGAUGUGCAACGCAAAGCAAAACAAGGCAAAGUGUGGAAAGCAAAAAAACAUUAAAUAAAUUGUGAAUUGUUGCGUUUCUGCUUUUUCCUCCUUCCCUCCAGCAUUGACUGGGACUUCUAUAAUUUAUAAAACGGUUAACAAUGCAUUGAUAUGAGUAUUGAUUGUGUCGUGCUCAAACAAACUCAAUCUUCUGCGAGUGCCUAGAUGUGUGCAAAUCGAAUAAAUACAUACACACACAACUGGACUUAGUGCGAUUUAAUGCGAAGAAAAUCAGUUUGUGCGGCGGUAGAGGGCAGGUGAGCGCGGUUAACACGAAUAGUGUCGUAGACAGCAGACAAUGCUAUAAAAGAUAUGGUAUGUGUAUGUGCAGAUGAAAAAGUGCUUUGUUUCUACCUUCAGCUUCAAUGUAUUGGUUACGCCGAAAAGCAUGCAACAGAUCCUUGAAAGCAUAUUAAAAAAUCGUUGCACGCACGCAAAUACAUAACUAAAACCACAACAGUGCUAAGCGCAGUGUCGGAGUGUACGUGUAUUUGUGUGUAUCCAUCAACAAUGUUAACUCUUUUGUUAGUUAAAGUCAAGAAUCAUAAAUACCAAUUCGCCUGGAUAUCGAUGGCACACAAAGAGCACAUUAAACUGCGUAAAUUCUCAUUUGUUCGAAAUGAAAAAGUUAGCUCAGUUCAUAUCAAAAGUAAUGCUAACCCAUACAUAGACACACAAGUAUGCGUAAAUAUAACAAACAAAUUGACAGAGGAGACGUCAACUAAUUGAAUACGAAAACGAGUCCUUAUUUAAGCGAACGGUAACUGAAACCCAUAACAACCGCAAGAACAACAAUCAAUAGUAACUGUAAUUACAACGGAAAACAUAACCUAAAGAGCGGGUUGAAAUCGAUGUGAUGCCUACGCGACGGUCGGGCGGCGCCACAGUGCGACGCAAGCACUCAAUUGGAAAUUUGCGACGCGCUCAUCCCGCCUCGGGUGCCACAUGGAAUGUGCAAGUGGUACGUGGUAAAAUGUCAUCUAAGUGCCUUUGGCAUGCUUGUCGCGCACUUGUGCUGGGUCUGACACUGAUGCUACUCGGCGCCGGUAUGGCUACGAUAGGUUACUAUGCGGACCACCUUUCUACGAACUCUGAGCUGCGUGGCAAUGCGACGGUGAGAGUCAAAAAUGACCUGAAGGGCUUCCAUCUCAACAAUCUCUCUUACGUCGGACCAAUUGUAAUGGGUUUCGGAGGUUUCAUUGUGGUUGCUUCGUGUGUUAUGACAUUUGAGGCGCGCGACUCGGCGGCAAAAGUGGUGCCAGCGCGUUUUCGUGCCGGUGCGGGUGGUAGCAAGACAACGGUGCGUAGUAAUCAAAGCAGCGCAACUUCACAGCGCCGCGCCAUUGGCAUACAAUUGCAGUCCUCACGUUGGGAUCAACAGUUUGGCGUGUUUCGCACAUCCCCAGCUGAGCCGCCUCCGCAAGCCACACCGCAGCCUUUCGAUCGUGACGCACUUACCGCGGAGCUUGUCAAAUUUUCAAAAUCACUCAGCAGUGGACGACAAUUGAAGUCGCGUGGACCACGCAUCAGCAACAGUUUGGUACAACGUAACACUCGUGAAAAUGGUGGUCCUUGUGCGUUGCUACAGCCACCAGCGACAAACAAGCUCUACUGGCAUGCUGCCUCUUUCGACGAUGGUCUUCGUGGGGAGAAGCAUCUUUCAAGAGCUACAAUCGCUGACAUGUCUCGCCGCUCCGAUACGGCCAAACGUCAUGUGCUGGCACGACAGAAGCCCAUCGAACAUGAAGAGGACAAAAGCAGCCCGCUGGGCAAUCGCAGAAGUUCUACUAUGUCAGACUCAUCGUACAGUGGCCGCUGGACGGCACGCUGCGCUUCCAUGGCAAGUCGCGCAUCAAGCAUCGAUUCACGACGCAUACAAGUAGAUCUGCAUAGCCCUGAAGUAUUGCCGAAAUCCAUACUGCGUUCACCGAAGCGCUAUAGCUCUGGACCAUCGGCUACUCCGUCGGUAGAAAAAGAGUUCAAAAGCCAAUUAAGCGUCUGCUCAGAACCACCCGCUCCCAUACACCAUCUUUCCGGUCAAUCGAGCUUAGAACCUUGUUUUCCCGAAGAACCCAUUGAUAACAUGGACGAAAAACCGGGUACCAACAUUAAUGGGGUCGCUUUAUCACCGGAUGCGCUAAACGUGGCCAUUCAAACCAUAUCCAUGACAACCCCAAAUCAUAUGGAAGAACUACCACCACCACCGGGAUCAAAGAAAUUAAAUAGCAUUCUGAAGAAAGCACGUCCCGACACACUUUCCCUCGCAACCAAUACAAAACCCGCCGUAGUGAGUGAAAUUAAUAAAUCUCUUUGUCGCAGCAACUCCUCGCGCACUUUCUAUAGACCCAAACCGCAACUGCCCAACGAACUGGACGACAGUAUCUUCUACAUACGUUCCUCAAGCGAACGACAAAGCAUCGAUAGUAAUGAGCUCUACGAUUCAGUGCAAGUUAUAAAUGAAAGACGAACAACGCUGCUGAGAGCGGAGAGUGAAGCUGCACUGUAUAAUGUGCGAAAAGCGAACAGUUUCUCACUGCUAGCCGAAAUACCAGAGCGUGCGCAAAAUAACUCGAUAGAUGUGGAAGAGAGUACGCCCAGCGAGGCGGCGAAGCAUCCCCAGCUGAAAAAUGAGACCACCGUGGAAAUCGAAAGUGAACCAACCCAACCACCGACAAGUGAGAUCGCGUAAUGGAGUGAUCGAAGUGUUAUAUUUAUAAAUCAAAUACUGACAUACUGUCAGCGUUCUUGAGUUCAGGAAACAUUAAAAGUUGUGUAGAAACCUCUAGAAAAUAGUAUAUUUUAUACCAAAAACACAGAAAACAUAUUUUGUAGACAAAUAUUUCGGUACAAGUAUAUGUACAUAUGUAGUGAUGUUCUUUGGUAAGUAUACAGUUAGAUCAGUUCGUAUUACAUAUUUAGUGAGUUUCUGAGAAAAGUUUGAGAACCACUGUAAAAUCGAUUUAUUAAGUACACUGCUGACAGAUUUUAUACGUAGGUAGUGGCUCAAUCAGCAGGAUAUUUGUAUUCUUUAGCAUUAUCUUAUUAACGUUAUAUUAUAUAUUCUUGGUUAACUUAUAAAUACAUAGGGGUAGAGAUCUAUAGCGCUCUCUCUUCCCUCUAAAUACUCAGUUAAUGAGAGUGUCAAGCAAUAAACACUAGGUCUAUGAGCUUGUUAAGAAACAAUUAUUUACAGAAGUUGUUGUUAUAUAAAUAUUGUUGUUGUUAAAUGGCUGUCUUAUGCAUAGUUAAGUUAGCAAAUGAUUAGAAGUUUCAUCAACGAAACAAUAAAAUAUAACUAUCAAUAACCCAAGAAUUGUAGAACGAACUCACUCGCAUAGAUAGACACGUGCUGUGCAGAUGUCUUGCAGAUUUUAUGAAAUUAAGUUUUAUUUCGAAUAAUGUUAAUAUACUUUUUUUGUGUUUCUAAGCAAGACCUUUGGGGUCUCAAGCAGUCUAGUUUUUGGUUUGACGUUUGAGUUGUAAGUUUUACGAAAAACUCUAUUUUCAUAUAAUGAAUUAUUUCCAUAAAAAACGAGAUGAUAUCUUAAAAUAAUUCAGUUAUAUAUGUAUAUAAGUCUUAAACGAGCUUCCACAAAUUAUUAAACAUAAAACCUACUAUAACUAUAUAGUCUUAUGUGUUCCAGUAGUAUCUAAAUAACAGAGUCUACAUAUCUUUUUAUGAUUAAAAAAUAAUUUCCGUCAAUUUGCUCAAAUAACUAAUAAAAUGAAACGAAUAUAUCAAAACAUCAUGCCAUUUUUUAAAUGAAGUUUAAACUAAUAGAUUACUGUCUUACUAAAUAUAUUUAAUUGUGCUGAAACUAAUCGGACUUUCCUACUCUAAAUCUAUUUAAUUAAUUCUAACCAACCCCAAUUCAAAUUUUAUUUAAAAUUAUACUUACCUUAAGAUUACCAUACUUACAUUGAAGACUGAUGUGUAUAAUGUACACCGUUUGCGUGUAAUUUCAGUAGAAACAAAUAUUAUCAACUGAAAACUGUAAUCAAAAUAAUGAUUGGUAUGAAUUCAUUAAAACCUCAAAUUUCAUAAAUGUAUAAUAAGUUUAUACACAAAGUAACUUAUCAUCAUUAGGACCAUGAUCAUAUGAAGGGUCGAAUGUGAUAGGUAGUACAGAUUAAUCUUAUUGAAGUAACGGAUUAUUUAAACUGGCAAAAAACACCUUUUUUUGUUAGUUGAACUGGUGUAUAGUAAAAUGGCCAAAAAUAACCUUUAGUUCUCUUUCUCAAAUUCCACACAAAAAGCGUGGAGUAGAAAUUUUACUAUAUACAAUACAUACUGGUAUAUAGCUCUUGCAUUUUUACGAAAACAGAAUUAGAUUAUGAGCUGACAUAAUAUCGGUUGAUGGCCACUGUGACACUAUCAGGGUAAUUUUCUUAUUCAUUAAAUUGCGAGUAUAUGUAUAUGCUUAUAUAUCUGUAGUUGAAAAUUUAAGUUUAAGAACAUAUCGCAAUAUAACGAACUACACAACUUGCUAUUUAUCUCCCCAACUCAUCAAGAACUUCUUUAUUUGAGAAUUUUGAAACGUAAAUUUUAUUGUCUACUAUGUAUUUUAUGAAAAGAAAUCAAAAAUCAAAAUACUUCCAUUAAAUCUUGAAAAUCAAAAAACAAAAAUUAAAAUUAAAAUUUUUAAAUUAAAUAUACAAAAGAGCCACGAAUAUUUCCCAAUCAUUACACUGCAUCACAAAAGAAUUUGUACAUUUAUUUACUAUAAUUGGGAUCUCCACAAAUACAAAAAUAUAUCUCAAUGUUAUAUCAGCGAUCGGUGUCAAUUGAAAACAUUGAAGCAUUGAUAUUUAGUGUUACGUAAUACGUAACUAUAAGUGUGUUGUUUUGAAACUAGCGUUUUCGAAGCACGUCAUUCAACAGGUGUUUCUCGUUCAUGUGAAUUGUUGCCUAAUUACUCGGAUAAACUAUACAAUGUAAGUUAAAAAAAAAAAAAAA